CACACCAUUGACCCCAAAUACUUAACCUAUAGUGUUCUAAUUCAUCCUCUAUUUCUUCCUCCAUGGAUUCUUUUCUACCCUCUCCUGACUGUGACACCAUCUCCAAGACCGACAAUGGCCAAAUUGAUUCACAUUUAAUCCAAAAAACCAAUGAAGGAUAUAGAGAAAUACUCCCCAAUCUUCCCAGAGGCAAAGGCUGGAUGACAGAACAUCUGGUUCAAUACCAAGGUGUUUGGCUAACCCCUAAUUUCGCUUUAAAAGGUUUGAUGUGGGUCCAAGACCACUUCAAGCCUCGAUCCACUGAUAUUUGCUUAGCCACCUUCCCAAAAACCGGCACCACUUGGCUCAAGGCACUUACUUUCGCCACCGUCAACCGCACCCGCUACGGUUUUACCGACCACCCUUUGCUCACCACCGUUCCUCACGGUUGCUUGCCUUUCUUGGAGGCUUGCCCAAAAGAUCUUGAUGGGUUCCCUUCACCACGUCUUCUUUCAACUCAUAUCCCUUACACUUUGUUACCAAAUUCCAUGACUGUUAAUCAAAGUUGCAGGUUCGUUUACAUUUGCAGGGACCCUAAAGAUGUGCUUGUUUCGAAAUGGCUCUUCAUGAACAAGCUGAGGCCAAAAGAAUUGGCACCCAUUUCACUUGAGGAAGCAUUUGAGUUGUUUUGCCAAGGGAUAUCCCAUUAUGGACCUUAUUGGGAUCAUGUUUUAGGGUAUUGGAAAGCAAGCUUAGAAACCCCAGAAAAGGUAUUGUUCUUGAAGUAUGAAGAGUUGAAGGAGGAGCCCUCUGUUGUUGUUAAGAGAUUAGGUGAGUUUCUUGGUCACCCUUUUUCGUUAGAGGAAGUAAGUAAAGGAGUGGUUGAAGAAAUAGUGAAACUAUGUAGUUUUGAGAAUUUGAGCAACUUGGAAGUGAAUAAAUCGAGUGUACUAAAGCUCAGUACACAGAUUAUAAUUGAUAAUCGGCAUUUUUUCAGAAAGGGAAAAGUUGGAGAUGGGAAGAGUUAUUUGACAGAUGAGAUGAUAAAGCGUAUCAAUGAGAUAACAUCUGAGAAGUUACUUGGUUCCGGAUUGGUAUUUGGCAGCUAAUAUCUCAUUGCAAGAUCCUCAUUAAUCUAGUUGGUAUUUUCUACGUCCAUUUUGCUUGUUUCUAACUCAGUUAUUUUUUUUGGAGUACAAAAUAAUUUACCAUUGCAAUCAACAUUUGUUGGGUA